UCCCGGGCGCCGCCGCCGCCAUGCCGGAGGACACGGACUGGGAGGUGUACAAGGCGCCGCCGAAGCGCACCCCGGUCGGGGAGAGGGCCACGUCGCUGCCCAACCCGGUCGAGUUCUUCCAGGCCGUUUUCAACAAUGUCAUCGACAGGCCCGUCACCUUGAUCCGAGAGUGGAUCGAGCGCCAGCAGAACAGGAACAAAUUCUACUACUACCACCAGCAGUUCCGCCGCGUGCCCGACGUGAGCGAGUGUGUGGAGGGCGACUACCUGUGCUUCUUCGAGGCCGAAGCGCAGUGGAGGAGGGACAGGAUGGUGGAUCGAGAGAUCGUGGCGAUCGUGCGGGAACGGUUUGCAGCCUGCCAGCACAGGGAAGGGCCCAAUCAGUUCCAGAACUGUGCCAAGGAGAUGGAGCAGCUCCUUCAAGUCACCAAAGCCUAUCAGGACAAAUAUGGCGAUCUUGGUGCCCAUGGAAAUGCAAGGACAUGUUUGAUGAAGCAGAAGCACAUGAUGAUGGAAGAAAGGAAAGCCCAGGAAAAUGCAGAUCACUAAAUGAGUACAGCUGGGUUCAUACUUGUCAGUGGUGUGCAGACCCGCUAUUGCAUGGGGCAGCUUUGAACUGUGAUGUUGACCUGUACAAUAAACUCAGAGGCCAGAUAUCUGCCAAACCACUAACAUCUAGAGUCAUCUUUUGAGGUAGUUCUACACAAGCUCUUUGUACAGUUCUUUUUUUCAUGUCUAUGCUCGGCCUUGAAUCUCUGGAGGAUUUUACCAUACUCUAAUGUGAGCCCCUGCAUUCAGGAACUGACUGCACUGGGAAUGCCUCCCUCCAUGGACCAUGGCUAAUGCACUAGCCUGCUGUAUCCAGAGCAUUCCCUCCUGGUCCCAGGGGGAAUCCCUGAGUUACUGUAAAGAUUACAUGCUGUAGGA